AAUAGGCUGUGGAAGGCAGAGUUGUCCCUGUGGCCGCCAUUAAAGAAAGGAAUCCAUGAAUUCAAAUGGAAACCAACAGGAACCGAGGCUGAAAUAAUGAUCGAAAUAAUCGUUAAAAUAUAGGCCGGUGCCAGAAUUCGAGAGGUUGCUACAGGAUGUGUUUCGAUUUUAGGCUAAAUUUUGCGAUGGAGGAGUGAGACAGGACGUUUUUAUUUUUUUAAGCGGAGACCGUUUUAGGGCUAAGGGGGAGGGGGAGAGUUGCUUCUUUGCUCUCCUUUUCUUUUUGUUUUAUGAACAUUUUUCGCUUCCUUGAACGCGGUUUUACUGUGUGCUUUUGACAUGUCGACUUAAAGACCACGCUGUCUUUUUUAUCCGCUUUUAUCUCCGGUGGGAGGAAACUGUAAUCGGAAGGUUGUUGAAUUAACUAUCCUCCAGCCAAAUGUUAGAAAAAAUAUUUCUCGCUGAUUAAGCCUGUACAUCUUAGAAAACACCGAUCCGCAAAUUGUUUUUAUUUUAAUUUCCCGGGAAGUGAAAUGAUGGAGAGUUGGAUUUCGCAGUGAAGAAGGAUGAGUUCUUGUUUUGUACCAAACGGGGCCAGCUUGGAGGAUUGCCAUUCCAAUCUAUUCUGUCUGGCUGACUUGACAGGGAUCAAAUGGAAGAGGUUUGUGUGGCAGGGUCCCACCUCUGCACCAAUCCUCUUCCCGGUGACGGAGGAGGACCCCAUCCUGUGCAGCUUCAGUCGCUGCCUGAAGGCUGAUAUACUAAGCGUGUGGAGGAGAUGCCAGCAGCAGGGUCGGAGGGAGCUUUGGCUCUUCUGGUGGGGUGACGACCCAAACUUUGCUGAUCUCAUCCACAACGAGCUUGCAGCCGAGGACGACGGGCUUUGGGAGAAUGGCCCUUCCUACGAGUGUCGCACUCUGCUAUUCAAAGCCAUCCACAACUUGUUGGAGCGCUGCCUCAUGAAUCGCAGCUUUGUUCGCAUCGGCAAGUGGUUUGUCAAACCCUACGAGAAAGAUGAGAAGCCCAUCAACAAGAGCGAGCACUUGUCCUGCGCCUUCACCUUCUUCUUACAUGGCGAGAGCAACGUGUGCACCAGCGUGGAGAUCAACCAGCACCAGCCUGUCUACCAUCUCACAGAGGAGCACCUUACUCUGGCUCAGCAGGCGUCCAGUCCCUUCCAAGUGAUCCUGAGUCCAUUUGGUCUAAAUGGGACACUGACUGGCCAGUCCUUUAAGAUGUCAGACCCACCUACCCAGAAGCUGAUUGAGGAGUGGAACCAGUUCUAUCCCAUCAGUCCCAGUGCCAAGGAGAACGUGUCAGAGGACAAAGUAGAGGACAUGGACUGGGAGGAUGAAUCUCUGGCCUCUGUUGAGGUCCUCGUUGGUGGUGUGCGUAUGGUGUACCCAGCCUGCCUGGUGCUGGUACCCCAGUCAGACAUCCCUGUUGUGACCCCUGUGGGGUCCUCCCACUGCACUGCCGUCUACUCUGGUGGCCACCAAGUGCCUGCUUCCCAGCGAGAGCCCGCCAUGUCUUUGGUGACACUCACCCCUCCCACAUCACCCGAAGAGGCGCAGACAGUGGACUCUCACUCGGCUCAGAAGUGGGUUAAGAUGCCUUCAUCAUCUGAUGCGUUUAGCGUGGACAGAACAAGUCACCACGGAGGAAAGAUUCCACGCCGGCUAGCCAGUCAGAUGGUGGAGCGUGUCUGGCAAGAGUGCAAUAUCAACCGAGCCCAGAACAAGCGAAAGUUUCCAGCUGCAACCAACGGUACCUGCGAGGAGGAGCCGAGCGAGAAAGUGGGAACCUGGGAUUUUGUGGAGUCUUCACAGAGGUCGUACUGCAGCUGUUCGAGAUACAAAUUAGUUAAGCAGCGAACAGCCAACAACACGGGCCAGCCUCAGUCAGCUGGCCAGCCAUCCCAACCUCCGACCAAGCACAAAACUGGAGGAGAGAAGCCAGAGAAGGGUGACAAGCAGCAGAAAAGACCCCAGACACCCUUCCAUCAUCGCAGCCUGGCCAGCGACGAAGCCUCCAUAGACACAGAGGCAACAGCUGGACAGAGGUUGGCCCUGAGGAGUCAGGAUGGAGCAAGAUUUCCUAGUAUUCGCUCUGCAGACGUAUCCGCCAUCCAAAAAGCCCCCCAGCUCCACAGUGGGGGCGUUAGCACUGGGCCAUCAGAACAGGCCAACUCCCCUCAACCCCCACCACUUAGUCCCCACCCCUGUGAACGCAGUGAGGAGUCAGGGGAGGGCAUGAAGAACCCUUCGACACCCAAUAGCCAACACUUCUACCAGCCGCAGCCAGACGCUUGCCUGGUCGGGGUGAAGGGCAGCAGCGAGGAGCAAGGAGGGCCAGAGGCUCUGAAUCAGCACUUCCAAUCCCAUCAACCCAACCCCCACCCCGGGACCUCAGCCUACUCCGAGCCUCCUGAGCCGACCGUGUAUGUGGGUGCAGCGAUCAACCUGGAGGACGACAGCUCCCACGCACCGUGGAGGUUAUUCAACUUACCCCGAAGGAAAGAAGCCGAGCUGCCCACGCCGCUGCUGCCUGGAGACAAGCUGAGAGAGGAGGCGGCCGCAUCACAAGACAACCUGGUGUCGGUCACAGAGUGAGUGGCAAUUACAUUUCAGUCACCGUUCAGUGGCCUCUGUUUGGGAAAGCCAGCUAUCCCAGCUUUCCUACUUUGUAUACGGUGCCAACAGUUCAGUGUUUGUUGGUCUAAGCAGCCAAUCUCUUCUCUCUCACAGGGUGAGGAUGGAGGGACCGGCCCAUCAGAUGAUCCUCAGCGGGCAGCGCCUCACAACCGCGUGACUUCCACCAGCCUGAUCCACGAGACGGACCUGGUGGUGUCCAUCAACGACCUGGACAACCUCUUCAACUCCGAUGAGGAUGAGCUGGCGCCAGGUUCCAGGCGACCGGUGAAUGGAACGGAUGGGAUAUUUGGCAACAAGGAACCCAAAUCAUCCAUCUUGGAUCCUGUACCCUGUUCAGAUCAUCUAAUCCAGAUGUUUCCCACGCCUCCCUCCCUGGAGCAGCACAUCAUGGGAUACUCGCCUAUGAACAUGUGCAGCAAGGAGUACUGCACCAUGGAGCCCAGCACGGGCAUGACGACAGUGGAAGGCCCUUCAACUCUAGGAGGGCACUUCAAGAUUGAGGUGGAGGAGAGCUUCUGUAGCCCUAAGCCAUCUGAGAUCAAGGACUAUUCUUUUGUGUACAAGCCAGAGCUGUGUCAGCUAUUUGUAGGGUGCUCCAUGUUUGCCCCGCUGAAGACUCUGCCCAGUCAGUGUCUCCCACCUAUCAAAGUACCAGAGGACUGCAUCUACCGACCCAGCUGGACCAUGGGCAGGGACAUGCUCAACCCCGUGCCUGUGAUGACCUACCUUAACAAGGACAGUAACAUCCCCAGUGUGGGCAGCACCAUGGACCAAGAGUACACCCCUCAAACCCAGACGCCUUUCAUGAUCAACAGCGCUCCACCAAGUAACAGCGGUGGCACCGGCAUCCUGCCCUCACCCGCCACCCCCCGCUUCUCCGCCCCUACCCCACGUACGCCUCGCACCCCCCGCACGCCACGCGGCCCCUCCAGCGUCCAGGGUUCAAUCAAGUACGAGAAUUCUGACCUCUGCUCCCCGGCGGCGUCGACCCCCUCCACCUGCCGACCGCUGAAUUCGGUGGAGCCGGCCACGGUCCCCUCCAUCCCCGAGGCCCACAGCCUCUACGUCACCCUCAUCCUCUCCGAGACGGUCAUGAACCUCUUCAAGGACUGCAACUUCGACAGCUGCUGCAUCUGCGAGUGCAACAUGAACAUCAAAGGAGCGGACGCCGGCGUGUACCUGAGCGACCCGGUCAGCGAGGCCCAGAAACACUGCAGCUGCGGCUUCAGCGCCGUGGUCAACAGGCGCUACGGGAACGGCUCGGGCCUCUUCCUGGAGGACGAGCUGGACAUCAUCGGCCGCGGCACGGACGUCAGCAGAGAGGCGGAAAAGCGCUUCGAGGAGCUGCGGCUUUCCUCGCUGGAGAGAAACGGAGCCGGGAGGAGCGAGCAGAUCUCGGACGAGCUGAUUCUGCUCCUGCAGGAUCAGUGCACAAACCCCUUUUCACCCAUCUCAGUUCUGGAGCAUGACGCAGUGACUCGGGGGCCGGGCGGGGCUCCUAUACCCCCGUGUUUACGGGUAGAGGAGAGGGACUACCGCAGCGACUGCUACAUGGCCAUGGAGCACGGCAGGCAGUUCAUGGACAACAUGUCAGGAGGCAAGGUGGACGAGGCGCUGGUCAAGAGCACCUGUCUGCACAACUGGGCCAAACAAAACGCGGUGGACGUGAGUGCGCUGUGCUCUCAGGAUGUGCUGCGGGUGCUGAUGUCCCUGCAGCCCGUACUCCAGGAUGCAAUCCAGAAGAAAAGGACGGUGCGGUCAUGGGGCGUUCAGGGUCCCCUCACCUGGCAGCAGUUCCACAAGAUGGCUGGACGGGGCUCUUAUGGCACAGACGAGUCCCCGGAGCCUCUGCCCAUCCCCACCUUCUUAGUGGGUUAUGAGUACGACUUUGUGGUGCUGUCUCCAUUUGGUCUGCCCUACUGGGAGAAGCUGUUGCUGGAUCCCUUCGGCUCCCAGCGGGACAUCGGCUAUCUGGUUGUUUGUCCUGACAACGAGGCUCUGCUCAGUGGCGCCAAGACCUUCUUCAGAGACCUCACCGCUGUUUAUGAGUCAUGUCGUCUGGGACAGCACCGGCCCAUUUCCAAAGGCUACGCUGAUGGCAUCGUCCUUGUUGGUGGCAACGGAGCCAAGACCCCCGUGGAUCAGCCAGUCAGUGAUUGGUUCCUCAAGGCUGCCAGCAGCAACAGUGACACCUUCGCUAAGCUCAAACUCUAUGCACAAGUGUGCCGCCACAACCUCGCUCCGUACCUCGCAUCACAGGCAUUAGACAGCUCCCUCCUCACGCAGCCCAGCCCCACGCCCCCAUCCAACCAGUCAUCAUCCACACAACUAUCUAACUCCGCCUCCAGUACAGCCAGCCAGCAGGGUUCAGCGAACGCCGCUGGCUCCACUGUUCCCAGCAACAGCACGCCCGCAAACAGCGCCGCGCCCUCCAACAACCUCGUGACAUCGUCAGGCCAGACCGGCAGCACGAUACCUGCCAAGCCCGGCUCCUUCCCCCCCUUUGGGAGCAUGGGCGGCCAGGGCCAGGGAGGCGGCCCCCAGAGCGGACAGCUGGGACAGCAGGCUGGUACCCAGAAUACCGGUGCCUCGGGGGACAACUCCAACAGCCAAGCCCAGGGGCCCACAGAGCCCCCCGAGAGCACUUUGGAGCGAGAGAAGGUGGGAGUGCCCACAGAUGGGGAGUCCCACGCCGUCACGUAUCCACCUGCCAUCGUUGUUUACAUUGUGGACCCCUUUAGCUACGAGGAGGCCGACAGGGGGGCGGGGCCCGCACAGUCCAGCGUGUGGACGCUGGGUCUGCUACGCUGCUACCUUGAGAUGCUUCAGUCGCUGCCUCCACACAUCCGCAAUUCUGUUUCUGUACAAAUUAUUCCAUGCCAGUACCUGCUUCAGCCAGUGCGAGGUGAAGACCGCCAUAGGCCAGAGUGUCUGCGUCUGUACACGCCGCCGUUCAUCCUCGCACCUGUGAAGGACAAGCAGACAGAGCUGGGGGAGACGUUUGGAGAGGCGUCUCAGAAGUACAACGUGCUAUUUGUAGAAUCACUCGUACCAGACAAAAGGAUUGUGAAUGGAUUCUUGUUCAUAUUGUGUCUCUACACUGACCCUUUCUCUCUGUGCGUCCUCUCAGACUCGGUGUCGACGGGCUCGGUGUUUGGCCGCAGCACCACCUUAAACAUGCAGACAUCGCAGCUUAGCACGCCGCAGGACACUUCCUGCACCCACAUCCUGGUCUUCCCCACCUCUGCCAUCGUCCAGGUCGCCAGCUCCAACAUCGACACCAACAUCGACAUUCUCAAUCCCACCACUGAUGGCUCUGAUGCUAUCGAGAUCUUGGCCCUGCUCGACCAGGAGAACGAUUUAGUGGAUCCAGACAUCAUCAACAUCUCGCCUACCACCUCCCCGGUGCACUCCCCCGGCUCUCAUUACCACCACGGAGGUGAUGGCAGCAAGGGUCAGAGUACCGAUCGUAUGGAGUCCCACGAAGAAGUUCCUAACCUCCUGCAGCAGCCUCUGGCACUCGGCUACUUCGUCUCCACGGCCAAAGCCGGCCCACUACCCGACUGGUUCUGGUCNNAUGCCUCUGACACCCCCUCUUCCCCCCGUGCUUCCUCUCAGGCCUCUUUGCACCUCCAUGUGUCUUCAGUGCAAUCAGAUGAACUGCUGCACAGCAAACACUCCCACCCCCUCGACUCCAAUCAGACCUCAGAUGUACUCAGAUUUGUGCUGGAGCAGUACAACGCCCUCUCCUGGCUGACAUGUGACCCGGCUACGCAAGACCGACGAUCGUGUCUACCGAUUCACUUUGUGGUGCUCAACCAGAUGUACAACUUCAUCAUGAACAUGUUGUAGACAUCGGGCUGUUACAGGAAGAAGGCGGCGGGGGGUCAUGAGUGAAAACCAGUGUACGGAGCUGGAUCCUGCACCAAGAUGGGAUUAGAUGGUUUUCCAAGCCUUGCCAGUCCUUCUCCACCACGCCCCCCCUCCCCCAUGAGACUGGAUAUUCUGUCCCUGUGAUUUAAAGACAUGCACGUAGAGACAAGGGAAUAAAAAAGAGGGGAAACUAGAAGCUGAAUUCAAUGAACGUGAAAGAAUGACAGAUUGGUUGUCAUGAUAUGUAGCAUGGCAGCACAGUCACUGGCCAGUCUGUAUCGAUGAGACAAGUUUAUCUGUAAAAUUAUUGGAAGAAAAGGGACAUAUUUGAUCAAGGAAAAAACCCAAGAAUGGAUCUUUGGUUUUAAGACAUGAAAUUCCUUUUUAUUCCUUUGGAUGUAAUUGUAUCCAAACAAAAUGCCUGCAUUUAUCUUAUUUAUUGUAAGUUUUUAAAUGUAUAAUUUGUCUUAUUUCUUAACCUCUUUUAUAUAUAAAAAAUGGAGAAGGUUUAUAUCACCUUCCUGCUUUAAAGCAAUUGGUCUAAGAUAUAUGUAAUCGUCUUAAUAAAAACACCAGAGGAAAAAAUCCCAUAAAAAUGAAAGUCCCAGUAGGUUGCUUUUAGAGUAUUAUUUUUUGUAAUGGAGACAGAAUAUUUGUAUUGUCACAAUGUACAGAAGAAUUAGAGUGGAGAAUUAUGUUUCAUGCCUUUGAGCGUGAAGACCUUACAGCAAAGCUGUAGCUACAGAGGACUUGUACAGCAAUGAACUUCACUGUGUUCAAAUAAAGAGGUACAUUGUUGUAUAUAGUAUUUUAUACCACACAUUUAGACACAAAAACCAAACGGCAAUAUAUAUAAAAUAAUUCUAUAUGAAUGCCAUGCCAGCAGUUGGUGGUGUGGCUUCUGUUUUAGGAAUAAAGUGCGUCAACUUA